UGGCCACGUGGUCUAUUCUGAUUGGUAAUGCGAGUCAGAAUCUCAAUGUGACCCCGAUUCCCAAUUCUGUGCAAGUCGGGUUUUGGUUUUGGUACCGUCGAAGAACGGUACCGAUCUCUCCAUGCUGUUUCUUCCUCUUAAUUUUCCCGAGAAAUUUGAGCAGUAAACUCAAAAUUGUUCCAUUGCGCGCUCAUGGCUUCAGAUUUUGCGUUGAAGGUCCCUGUUGAACUUGAAUCAGCUUUGCGGUUGAAGACAGUUCAGUACUUCAUUACUAAAAGGCCUUGGCUUGAUCUUUACGGGGUUAACGUUAGACCUGUUGCGCCGUUCGGAAGUUCGAGUAGGAAGCCAUUUGUAGAUCCAGCGUUAAUACAUCGUUCAUUACCAGAUGAAUUACUGUUUGAGGUCUUUGCCAGAAUGACUCCUCAUGACCUGGGACGUGCAUCCUGCAUUUGUCGAAAAUGGAGAUAUACCAUUCGUAAUCCUGUAUUCUGGCGCAAUGCUUGCUUGAAGGCUUGGCAGCUUUUUGGUGUGGUUGAAAAUUACAAGAUUUUGCAGUCCACAUAUGAUGGUUCAUGGAGAAAAAUGUGGCUUUUACGGCCACGAAUCCGCACCGAUGGUCUUUAUGUCAGCAGGAAUACUUAUAUACGUGCCGGGAUUGCAGAGUGGAGGCUUACCAAUCCAGUUCACCUGGUUUGCUACUUCCGUUACAUUAGAUUUUUCCCUUCUGGGCGGUUUCUCUACAAGAAUUCUUCACAGAAGAUUAAGGAUGUGGCUAAGUGCAUGAACUUCCGUGCAUCGAAAGCAGACUGUAUAUUUGGUGGACACUAUACAUUGUCAGAUGAUAAGGUUGAAGCAGCCGUUUUGUACCCGGGCUUGCGUCCUACUGUACUCAGAAUCCGCUUGAGGCUAAGAGGAACGUCGACGGGGGCUAAUAACCGAAUGGAUCUAUUGACGCUCGUUACUAGCGGUAUGGAUAAUAGCGAAGUUAGAGAUCCCGAAGAAGACAUCCUUGGCGUAGUGGAAAGGUGGCGAGACGAUGAAACUCACAAUCCAGAUGUGCCUGCAGUUUCUCAUAAGCGGGGUCUCACGCCUUUUAUAUUUGUUCCUUUUGAACAGGUGGAAACAUCAGAACUCAACUUGCCUGUGGAGAAGAUGGAUUAUUUUGUUCCUGGCUGAUGCACCAGUUUACUACAUCCUCCUGUACAUAUCAAUCACAAUCAGUAUGGCUUUAGAAAGAAAGAUUAUUUUUUGUUUUUUUUUUCGGGUCAUUCUACGUGCCGCUUGAUGCUUGUGUAUAAAUAACGAACACAAACGAUGCAUGUGAAUUUUCCGAGAAAUGUGUUGAUUUCUGCGUUUCCUCUUGCUCUGGUUAUACCUAUAUUCAGGUAUUGCAUUGCUUGCUUGUAUUGCAAACAGUUCAAUUUAUGGUCGAGUGAUUCUGAAUGUAAUUCAAAAUAUAAGACAUUGUUAUCUUC